ACGCUCAAAGUCUACCAGAGAGAGCAAGAAUGAAAAUAAGAUGUGCCCACUAUACACAUAGAUUGAGACACAGGUGCUUCCUGUUUUCUCUGUCUCUACUGGCAGUCUGUCUGCUCAAGCUGGUCCACAUUAAAGUGACAGUGAGGGACAGUGUCUACAUCGAGCCCUAUGGAAUCAGCUUUUCCAGAGUCCACAGCCACAGAUAUGACAUCAACUGCACUGCCAUCUACGAGCUUGACCCUGUGGAGAUAGGCAAAGCUCUCCAGAUAAAACGGAAUGUUAUUGUUGACACGGACGAUGAUAGCACUGUGAGUUUGACCUCAGACUGCCAAACAUUUAUCAAAACAAGGGGUUACAAUAUGGCUCCGGUGUCGGCUACAGAGCAGAGCUUCCCUCUGGCUUACUCCCUGGUGGUGCAUAAAAAUGCACCCAUGGUGGAGCGUAUUCUUCAUGCCAUCUAUGCACCUCAUAACAUCUAUUGCAUCCACUAUGAUCAGAAGUCCUCUCCUGUGUUUAUUAAGGCCAUUAAAAACCUGGCUCAGUGUGCUCCAAAUGUGUUCAUCGCCUCAAAAAUAGAGUCUGUGGAAUAUGCCCACAUCAGCAGACUUAAUGCCGACCUAAACUGCCUCUCUGACCUGCUGAGGUCUGAGGUGAAGUGGAAGUAUGUCAUCAACCUGUGCGGCCAGGACUUUCCUCUCAAGUCAAACUACGAGCUGGUAAUGGAGCUGAAGCAGCUGAAUGGUAGUAACAUGCUGGAGUCCAGCCGACCCAGUGAACUCAAGAAACAGCGCUUCAGCUUCCAGCAUGAGCUGAAAAAUGUGCCUUAUGAGUACCGUCGUAUCCCUGUCAAAACCACAGUGUCCAAAGAUGUUCCUCCUCACAGUAUUGAGAUGUUCAUCGGGAGUGCUUAUUUUGUCUUGUCACGGGAUUUUGUGAACUACAUUAGCAACAGCCAGGUGGCAAAGGAUUUUCUGGCAUGGUCUGCUGACACAUACUCACCAGAUGAACACUACUGGGCCACCCUGGUCAGGGUCCCUGGAGUGCCAGGACACAUUCCCAGGUCAGACGCUGACAUUACAGAUCUGAGGAGUAAGACACGACUCGUCAAAUGGAAUUAUUUAGAAGGAAAUCUUUACCCAGCCUGCACGGGUACACAUAUGCGGAGUGUUUGCAUCUAUGGAGCCGCUGAACUUCGAUGGCUCCUCAAUUAUGGACACUGGUUUGCCAACAAAUUUGACCCCAAAGUGGACCCCAUUCUGAUUAAGUGUCUGGAGGAGAAGUUGAUGGAGAAACGUCAACACAUGCAAACAUUACACUAUAGAGAAGAGAAAAUCUGA